AGAGUGAACUCUUUGUUAAAAGAAUGUGUCUUUUCGUUGAUGUUAGGUAGUGACAGAGGAUUGGGGUUUACCUUGGAGGUCAAUUCAAUAGUGGAAUUAGCCAGUUUACUGUAAUUCGUCGGCAUGUCAGUGAAGCUAGUUCUGUAUGUUGCUACUUUGAGGGAACAAUUAGAACAACUCUCGGAAGAGAAGACCCCUCAAGGGCUUCCCAGAGUUACAAAGGCUAAGGUGAAUGAGUACUAUGAGGAGAUUGAAGCUGUUGCUUCGAGAAUAGCUGCUCAAGUGCCUGACACAGAGGUAUCUGAUGAAACUUUUGCCAAGGAUUCUACCAGCGAUAGUUCUCCGAAAGUAGAAGACGAUACACGAAGCCCCACUUCUCCACAGCUGAGAAGAAGAAUCGUGCCUGCAAGUUCCAAGGAGCAAAGCUAUGAUGCUGAUCCCUCAAAACCAAUAAAACUAGACACCGCAGCUCAAGCGCGCAUUGACAAGCAGAGAAAGCUUCAAGAGGAUCUAACCGAUGAAAUGGUAGUACUUGCGAGACAACUCAAGGAGAGAAGUCAAAUGAUAAGCCAAUCUGUGCAGAAUACAGAAAAGAUACUUGACUCUACAGAGGAAGCCAUUGAGCAAAGCUUGGCAAGCACGGGACACGCAACCAGCGAUUUACUCAGGAACCCUUUGUUAAAGAAUCUCUCUUUCGUUGAUUCUAGUGGUGGAAGAUUGGUUUCUCAAGGUCAAUUCAGUAAUGGGUUUAGCCAGUUUACUGUAAUUCGUCGGCAUUUGAGUGGUUCUUCUGGUAAUAGCAGCUUGAGUGGUGAUACUACUGUAUCUUGCUCUGGGUUACAUGAACACAGAGGUUAUGUUGAUCAAUGCGAGUUCUUGAAAUCAAAUCCGAUUUGUUCUCCAGAUGGGUUCUUUGAUUACCUCAAGUUCUUUUACUGCUCCUGCAGAGAUUUUAAGAUCUUGGGUUAUAUAGUGUUAGGGGUUUGGCUUGUUGCUUUGUUUUAUCUGUUGGGUAAUACUGCUGCUGAUUACUUUUGUUGUUCGUUGGAGAAGCUUUCUAAGCUUUUGAGGUUGCCUCCAACUGUUGCUGGUGUUACUUUGCUUCCACUUGGUAAUGGAGCUCCUGAUGUGUUUGCGAGUAUAGCUGCUUUUGUUGGUUCAGAUAAAGGGGAAGUGGGUCUUAACAGCGUCUUGGGUGGUGCGGUGUUUGUAACUUGUAUUGUUGUUGGGAUUGUUUCUCUUUGUGUUGCGGAUAAAGAAGUUAAGAUCGAUAAGAAAUGUUUCAUCAGAGACUUGAGUUUCUUCCUUUUCACAUUGGUGGCUUUGAUGGUGAUUUUGAUGGUCGGUAAGGUGACUGUUGGUAUCGCCAUUGCGUUUGUCUCGAUCUAUGUCCUUUAUGCUUCUCUCGUGGCUGCGAAUGAGAUUUUGAGGAAACAUUCCAGGAGGUUGAAGCUGGAUUCUAUUACGCCUUUGCUCCCAAUGCAGGGAAGUGUGUUCUCCCCAAGUGUUGAAGAGGAUAUUCCUAUGUACAGCCCGUUGCUAGAACUUGACACCGAGGAAGGUCCACCUCGGCUACAUGAUUCUCUACCACAGUGGAUGUGGGCUACAAAUGUAGCCAUCUAUUCAAACCAUUUCGCAAAAGCCAAUGUACAUGAUGAAGAAAGACCUCCAUGGGGAUGGACCGAAGAUGGUGCAGAAGUCGAGAGCUCAUUAUGUUCUAAAAUCACAUCUUUGCUUGAAACUCCACUGACUGUUCCUAGACGGUUGACAAUCCCGUUGAUUGAGGAAGAUAGCUGGUCAAAGACGUAUGCGGUGGCUAGUGUCUCGUUGGCUCCUGUCCUACUUUCUUUUCUUUGGAGCAGCCAAGAUGAUACGAGUUUUCAAGCUCGGAUUGUAGCCUAUUUUAUCGGAACUGCGAUUGGAUCUACUCUUGGAUAUCUCGCGUACAAAAACACAGAACCCGAUCGUCCACCUCAAAGAUACUUAAUCCCUUGGGUACUCGGUGGAUUCAUCAUGAGCAUCGUAUGGUUCUACAUGAUUGCAAACGAACUCGUUGCACUUUUGGUUACAUUUGGUGGAAUCUACGGAAUCAACCCGUCGAUACUCGGUCUAACCGUACUUGCUUGGGGAAACUCAAUGGGUGACUUAGUGUCGAACAUCGCAUUGUCCAUGAACGGUGGAGAUGGCGUACAAAUCGCAUUAUCGGGUUGCUACGCAGGUCCAAUGUUUAACACGCUUGUUGGGUUAGGUAUGUCGAUGUUUCUUGGUGCUUGGUCGAAGAGUCCAGAGACAUACAUGAUCCCUGAGGACAAUAGCUUGUUCUACACUCUAGGGUUUCUAAUAUUCGGAUUGAUUUGGUCUCUUGUGAUGCUCCCACGCCACGAAAUGCGACCGAACAAAGUGAUGGGAAUUGGUCUGAUCACACUGUAUCUGAUAUUCGUCACUUUCAGGCUCAGCUCCGCCAUGGGAUUCAUACCUUGGGCUUCUUGAAACGCCAAUGUAACUAGCUUUGAGAUCAGCUUAUUGUAUACUACUAUACAUGUUGUUAGAAUUUUAGCCACUGGUUCUGAAGUAUAAAUGUUGUUUGUACUAUGUUGAUGUAAGUGAUAAUGAAUCUGAGCCAUUGGA